UUAUGUUUCUUCAUCAAGAAUAACCAUAGACAAAAAUAAGUUGAGCGAUUCUCGUAAAGAUUGUACAAUAAUUAAAAUCAAUUUCUUGAUAAAUGAAACGCAAUAUUCUAUUACAUCUUCUAUGUGCUUGGUGCUUAUGAACUGGAAUGUUAUAUUUUGUCUCUAUUUACACGAUUUUUUGCACAUUAAUGAACUCCUCUAACGUGAUCUUUAAGCUAAUCUCGGUGGCCUAAUAAAGUCACAGUUGGUCUCUUUGUUGAUGCAAUGAACUGUCUAUAAUCAAUCGUGAUCGUCCAGAUUCCAGAUGUAUUUAUGAGUGCACUCCUAAUCCUGUGUCAACUAUGACAUUGCAAUCAGUGGAAUUCCAUCAUAGAUUCAAAAGAUAGGUGUAUAAAAUGAUGUAUUUUUUUAAUAUUAUCGAGAACUACUGUGCUCCUCUGUGAAAGCAUUGUUUUUGUUCCUCAAGUAUUUGCAGUGUUAAUAAAGGUUUAAAAUGGCUGUAAAGAAACAUGAACUUGUUCAUGAUAAUCGUAACCAACUAGAUCUGACAGCGCUGGCGCAAUACAUACAGUUGAUGAAUGAUCAACCAUCUUACCUACCUCCGCCUAAUGAACUUGUCAAAAAUUGUCAAGAUAUUGUCAAGUGUCUUGCACGUGCUUCUGGCAAUGAAGACCAACUAUGGAAUUUGCUGCAAUCUGUUGAAGUGUACCUACACCGUAUUGUGAACAGUGUUCAUCGUAGUGUCCGACAUGAAAUUGUUACGGCCAUCCUUGACAAAUUUUAUUCUUUCAUUUCUGAUCCUCAAUCCGAUGCGUGUCCUGCCACAUCAGUUGUGUUGAUUGUCUUGGAUGGAUCAAAUAGUGAAGCGACUUUAUCCGCUGCGCGUUGGUUAGUUCAGCAAGGGCAGAAUGGGCCUGCUGGUGCUGGACUCAGGGCAUCUUUAUCAUGCUUGUAUCGCUGGAUGUAUGAAUGGCAUGGCACUCCGGCUUUAGGAGACUGGGUGCUGGCUUAUAUCAAGGCUUUAGAGGAAAAUGAGCGCUUCGACAUUUUAAUUGAAGUGUCUGUGGACAACCUGAGUCGAUUAUUUCUUGCUAUGAAAGACCCUAUCGGAUUACGCCAGUCAGUAGCUGACGUUAUGUUCCACAUUUUAGCAGCAUUACGCGAGUCCACCGAAGCUCUUGACCGGAUUUCUCCACAUGUCGGUCAUGUAUUAGUAAACUUAGCUGCUGAUAGUGGUCAGUGGAGUCGUCAGCUCUUGCAGAACGUGGUUGAUAUUCUUACUGCGACUAUCGAUCGUCUUCUGGAUACGCUCAAAGGGGACGCUUUAGACGUAUUUCGUGAUAAAUACUCUGAAAUCAUUUUGUGUUUGGAACGACACAUGGCGUCCCGCGAUUGCCGCUACCUGAUGCUGCCACCAUGGCGUGCUCGCAACGUUUGUCUCACCACUAUGAACGCAAGUGCGCCGAUGCGUAAGGUUGGCCUGCUGAACCUUGGAAAUACAUGUUACAUGAACAGUGUACUGCAGGCCUUACUUGUUACCAGGCAAUUCAGCACUCAUGUGGUACUGCGGAUGAACGCCGUGCCCUACUGGUCGAAGAUGGGUAUCUUGUUUGCGAAGAUGAUGCACUCCAUCACUACGAAAUUGAAUCCUGAUGAGUUCUUUGCUGUGGUGAAACCACCUUUCUUCACCAGGAACAACCAACACGACAGUUCUGAGUUCCUAGGAUACCUGUUCGAGUUGCUUCAGUCGUAUGAACAUGGAUCAGAUCGCAACUUCGAUUAUUCGCGGCCAGCAGGGUUGUCAGGUGUUAACCGAAUGCGUGCCAUCGUUAAUUCAAACAACGCCCAGUCUUCAAACUCCAAUGAUAACGAAAACGGAGAUCAAGGCCCAAAUCAGCCCCCCGUGUCACCACGACCCAGUAGCAGUGCAGGCGGAUCCAGUUCUAGUGGACAAAAACGCCCAUCUUCUGAUCCGGAAAGCCACGUUUUGCCUAAGAAACGUAUACGUAUUGAGUCCGCAUUUUUGCGGCGUGAUUCAUUCAUCGACAGCAUGUUCGGUGGCGUACUGCUGACGCGAGUUGAGUGUACCGAAUGCCAUUCGUCGUCUCUCUCCCGUGACGUGUUCCGUGAUCUUCAACUUGCUUUUCCUGAGAAACCAGAGGGAUGGCAGCACAAUGUGCAGAAUCUUCUAGAGUACUACUGCUCUAAAGAACGCCUCAAUGGGGAUAACCAAUACGAAUGCCGCGAUUGUGGAGGUCUACGGGACGCCGAACGUAGCGUUCUUAUUGAAACAACGCCCAAGUAUCUUAUUCUCGUACUCAAGAAUUUUAAAUUCGACCCAAAGCUGCAAGUGCAAACUAAAUUGUUGCAUUCAAUGUACCAUAAUCAUACGGUGACAUUGCCUACGGUACGUUCCCAGGCAGACCACUCAGCGUAUGCGUUGUAUGCAGCUGUUAUUCAUACCGGGACCACGCUUGACUCCGGACACUAUUACACGGUGGCUAAGGAUAAUGACCAGUGGCAUAUGUACAACGAUGAUAUAGUUUCUGUCACUAAUGAGUCUGAACUAAAUGGUUUGAAUCGAGCAAGUACCCCAUACAUAUUAUUCUAUAGACGUACUGAUAUUGAGGAAGGAACUGCUCCCUCACUGGAGGAGCUACCACCGAGGCUCCAGGAGAGUGUGAUGGCCCACAACAAGCAUUACGUUGAGACUAUCAAGAAGAGGCGAUUGACACGCCCAUGACAAUUAAGAUCGGACAAAUACAUCGAUUUCACGGUGUUGGAUUAUGUCGACUCCAAGUAAAGAUCUUGCCUAUAUUUUUAUUAUAAAGUGACACAAAUUGAUUAAAUUUAUGUAUUUGCUAUUUUUUUUUUGUUAUUUUUUAUUAGAGCACAUCUCUCGAAAAUAUAUAUAAAUUAAUUUAAUAUUCAUAAAUGGCCAUUGAGUUCUUAAUGUUUUAAAAACCUUUAUAUAUAUAUAUAUCUUACCGUGUUAUUUCAUAUACUAUAUUACAUAUAUUGCGUCUAAUCAUCAAAUCAAAUUUAAAAUGACGUAAUUAAGAUAGAUAUACAUAGUUUCAACAAGAUUGAUUUAUAUUGAUGCAAUGAUAUGAAAUUUAAUUUUAAAAAGUAUUUGCUAUAAACGUGAUAAGUACAGAAAGUAGUAAUAUGGAUGCAAUUUAAAAGUAAGCUAUUACACUAGCUAGCUGGUUUGAAAGUCUACAUAUAUUUAUCGAGACUAGCAAGUCCGAAUGCGAUGGGAUUUUCUUGUUUUAUUACAAUUUGCUAUAGACCAUUUCAAGUCUUUUAUCAAGUAACAUAUGUUUGCAAACUUUUAGCUCAAUUAAUAUUGUUUCAAUAUAAAAGUAAGCUUUUACACUAGCUAGUUGCUUUGAAAGUCUUCAUAAAUUUAUCGAGAAUAGCACGCCCAAACGCAACGUGGUUUUCCUGUUUUAUUACUAAGUUCCUAUAAACUAUAUCAAGUACUUUAUCAAGUAACAUAUGUUUCUACACUUUUAGCUCAAUUAAUAGUGUUACAAUUUAAAAGUAAGCUUUUACACUAGCUAGCUAGUUUGAAAGUCACCAUAAAUUAAUCGAGAGUAGCAAGCCCAAACACGAUCUAGUUGUAAUGUUUUAUUGCAAAUUUCCUAGACCAUUCAAGUCUUUUAUCAUGUAACAUAUGUUUGCAAACUUAUAGCUCAAUUAAUAUUGUUUCAGUUUAAAAAUAAGCUUUUAACACUAGCUAUCUAGUUUGAAAGUCUUCAUAAAUUUAUAGAGACUAGCAAGUCCGAACGCAUGGCGUUUUCUUAUUUUAUUACAAAGUUCCUAUAGACCAUUUCAACUCUUUUAUCAAGUGUUACUUGAUUGUUUGCAAACUUUUAGUUCAAUUGAACGUAAAGAAGAACGGAAAGUAGGUUAAUUUUAAUUUGUAAUAUUUGAUUAUAUCUAUUAGAACUGUGGAAGCUUAAUAAAAGCAUAACCGUUCUAAAUAUUAUUGGUAACUAUACAAUAAUAUUUUAAGAUCAUUGCCUCUUUCUUAUUACUACAAUAUAUUUUAAUAAAUGCGAACCACUUUUCCAUCUUUAGACGUCUAACCGCAUUAAUUUGGAACUAGUUUGAAAAGUUAUUACUCAUCGUGCUUGAGGUUUUGAAAAUUUAAUUUCCUUGCUUAUAUAUUUAUGUAUGGGACCGUUAUAUAUCAAGAAAUAAUUGAUCAAGUCGGAUAUAGGCACAAAAGCAAGACAACUGUGCUUUAUAGCAAGGUCGUGUUUGUAAUUGCACAUAAUAUCUUUACUAUAAUAUAUAUUAUUAGUAUAAAUGUGAAUAUUUCCGUGUAAAAUGGAUACUACUGAACCGAUUUGAAGGAAAUUUGACAGAGUGUAAAAUUUAGGAAUGAAUAUAACCAGUAAUGUACUAGUUUAAGUAAUUAAUUUUUAUUGUUUUAAAUAGUAUAUUGGGAUUUAUUCAUUCUUUUUUUAUAUACAGUUCUUUGCAAAAAGGUCACUUUUCAUUUUCUUCAAUUAAUUGAAAUAAAAGCGUAGGGAAAUAAAUUUUUACAAUAAAAUGAAAUAAAUAUUCCAAUACAUUACAAAUAAAAUAUUAUUGCUUUAAAAAUUAAAUUAAUAAUCAAUCAAUAUAGUAAAUUAAUUAAUAAAGAGAAGUACUUAGAGUAAAGCUUAAAAUACGUGAUUUUUUGCUGGAAAAAAGUGUACGAUAUUUUAAUAGGUUAAUACAGUAACAUAAUUGUGUUCUUGGAAAAUCAUAGACUAAGAACACAAAAUCUAUUUUUAGUUUAUUUUUGUAUAUCUCAAAUUUAAUGUUGUAAUGAAAUUUAACUGCUCGAUUUUUAUACAAAAGGGUUUAUACAAAUCAAAAAAAAUUUAAUCCAAUGUCUGUUACAUAUUAAGAAUGCAGUGUAACAUAAUAGAUAUUAUUUAUUUAUUUAUGUAUAUUCAUCAUACCAUUUAUUAUUGUUAUGUAUAGCAUAAUAGAUGCUUAGUGAACAAAAACGUACAGUAAUAUUACAUCUUUCAAUUUGUGUCACUUUUAAAAAUUUAAAUCAUCAUCCAUAAUCCGUAUUAACAUGAUCAGAAUAUGUUCGGAUUUACACAGACCGAUACUCGGGCGCAAUGUGUUCAUGGCCAUUUUAUGAAAAAUAUAUGUUUAAGAAAUAUAAACUAUCAUUAAGGUCAUGUAACCAUUAGCUGUGUACUCUGAAGCUAAUUCGUAGGGGUGGGUUUAUUCAGUCCGAACAUACUCUGAACAUGUUAAAAUAACAUCAUUAUAACAACACAAAUACCGUAGAAAUAUAUUACAGUUUCUAGUAUUUGCCACUGUACGAUCACUAAAUGUUUUGGGAAUGGUUUAAGCAAGCCUAAUUCUCUUUGCAAUGUAGGUGCUCGAUUUAAUGAAGACUGUCCAUUUAGUAACACUGGAAACAAAAUGGCUCUGACCAUUUCACUGUUUGUUGGAAAAUAAAUGGAUAACUUAAUUAAAAAAUAUUCAGUAAGUCGUUCGUUGUCAUUAUAUUUAGAUAAAUAUGUAGUAGUACCUUAUUCAAAAUGGAUAUCAUACAAUCUCUAUAAUUGUUUCAACAUUAUCUAUGUGUCAACCAAUAAUCGUUAUUCUAAGAUGUAAAGUUCACCAUUUGUCUUGGACACUUGUAUUGAAUUUUAUUUAUGCAUAAUAAUAUCUUGGCGGUUAUUAUUAUACAUAAACUUAUAUAGCGACCUUUGUAAGCGUACAUGAGAGAUAUAUAUGAGAGAGACAUACAAUCUAAUCGAGUGUAACUUCCUAGUAACGAAGUCACGUUUGUACGUAACUUUAAUUAAGACCACAGUUAUUUAACAAAAUUAAGGCACUUAUUUAAUUCGUAUACAUAAGGAGUAUGUUCCUUUUGUAUCGCAGUACUUGGCAUAUCGUUUAUGGUAAUAAAAGUCAUCGGUAAUGAUGUUAAUACUGUAAGAUUUUUAACUGCGUUUAUCUAUGCAUAAAAACUUGUGAUCUCCAGCUAAUGUAAUUGGAACAUAUGACUCCCAAAAGAGAAAUAUCUUUUUUGGGAAUCAGCAAAAUUUUUGUAUUAUACUGUUGAUUUUGCAAGUACUUGACGAUAAAGUAUCGGCACAUGAUUGUAUGUGUGGUGCUCGGAUAUAUAUAUAUAUAUAUAUAAAUAUAUAUAUAUAUAUAUAUAUAUAUAUAUACAGAGAACUUAUCCAUAUAUAUAUAUAUAUAUAUAUAUAUACACACAGAGAACUUAUCCAUAUAUAUAUAUAUAUAUAUAUAUAUAUAUAUAUAUAUAUAUAUAUAUAUAUAUAGUCUAUUCGAGCCAAAUAUGACGCAUAAAACUCCUCAUCUGUUGCUGAACUCGGGUACGCUUACAACAGUCCCACUAAUGUAAAUAACAGUGAUCUCGUAGAGAUCUUUUCAAUACUUUGCCGAAACUUUCUUUGGCGUUUACUUAUAUUAAUAGAAUGUUAUUUACACCCAGUUUUAAUACAUUGCAAGUGUGCUGAGAACUAGCUGACAUUUUGCACUAUAUACUUAAGGUACAUUGAAAUUCAUUUAUUUUUCAAAUAUAGCAGACCUGAAUGGUACUAAAUCACUUAUAUAUUUUGUGUUUCGUGAAAUAUUGUUAAUAUUAUCUCAGUGAUUACUUUUUUUUUUGUAGAAAAUGAAUUUAUAUUAUUAUACAAUUUUAUUUAUUUUUAAUGUGCUGCAAAUGUGUAUUUCAAAAUGUUCACUAUUUCUUAGUUUAAAUAAUUAUAUAGCUGUAACGGAAAAUGUAUUACAAGUUAAAACCCAAUGAUAGUGUUCAACUAUAAACAGUAAGGAACUUUCCCCAAAUAGUUAAAAAUUAAAAUUUUGAAUAUUUCAUACUAAAUGAUCACGUGAACACGCGAGUUGUACGAAGAUUUCUUGGUAUAAAUUUCUGGAAUACUAUCGUUGAGUUUCUGAUCGUUAUACCAUCCCCUUUAUACUUUAAUUGUAGUUGUCAAAUUUUUGUUAUUUAAAAUAAUGUUCAGACAAAGUGUUGAGCAAAUUGUAAUUUAAAAUUGUAAAUUAUUGGUAAGUUUAAGAUAUAAAUGCGGGUGGUUAUAAACUAUACCCUAAUAGUUAUCGUUUUAUUUUUUAUCAAUUUGGACAUGCAAUAUAUACUAAUAAUUUGGCAAUAAUUAUUUUUUCCCCUAGUAAAAUUGGGAUGCACACAAAUGCGGAUAAUUUUUUUAUUCACAUAUUUUUUAUGUUUAUGAUUCAUGUUUGAGAGUUGAGACAUGAAUAAUGGAUACAUAAUUUAUUAAAAUUGUUUUUAAAAAUUUAUUAAUGAGAAAUAUAAAUAUGCUACGUCAUUAAUAUAUACGAUCAGUGAAGAUUUGUAUAAGAAUGUAACAUACUUGUAUUGCAUAUGCAUGAAUGCAUCUACGAGCCAACUUUUAAAACUAUUUCACAUACUCGGAAUAUUCGUCGACGGUCUGCAAAGUGGGAGUAAAAUAGCGUUCGGAUUGCAGUUUAUUUCGAGCCAGUUGCAUCGGUGACUUCGCCCGUGUUGUAUUUGAAAUGAAUUAGUAUUAAGUAUGUAUUUACGUUUUUCUUUUACUAUUUACCUUCUUCUAAUUUCUUACUCAUUCACCGAAAUUAUAUGCAGUUUAUUUUCUAAUUGUAAAUUCCAGUUUCGUGACGGUUCAGCAGUUAAAGCGGCAAGAAAUAAACAGAUAAACCUCGUUACACAUUUAUGGUGUACUAGUUUUUACUAGUUUAGUCUAGUUAAUAGUAUUUCUCUGUCAUAAAUACUACGUAUAUUUACGAGUACGUGUACAAAACAAAUGAGUGUGUGACGUAAAGUGUGUUAUCUAAAUUUUUAUUGUUAUAAUAAAAUAUGAAUAUUAUUAUUUACUUUUCAACACUAUUAUUUUUCAGCCGUUUGGCUAUCACGUUUACCGUUUUGAGUCUUUUAACAAAUAUCUAACCGAAUUCCUUUUACAUACGCUUUGCAAAUUGUCUACGCUGUGUAACGUAUACACAAGUCGUAGUCUGAGAUAAAUAAAGCUUUUUAUUAAAAUGUUAAGGUCUUUAACACGAACUUGUAUCUUUAAUUUCUAGAGCCUAUAAUACCAGUUGGCUUAUUAUCAAUCGAUCAAAUACAACGAGGAUACAGUAUCUUCAGAAACGUUUAUAUCUUUAAUCUGCUUUGUAAAUUGUAAACUAUUUUUGUUAUUCGUUACAUUCCAUUUAAGAUUUUUUAUAAUUGUAAUAAUUUUUAUUUCGUCGGUUAGAAAAGUGAGAUAUGACAGUGAAUUUACAGGGUACAAAGGCAAAAUAUCUUUGUCCUCAGGAAUGGCAAUGUAUGGGAGGUAUCAUGGGAGAAACAGUAUACUCUGUUAUGUCCAUGGUACUAUUCAUGUCUAUAGGUGACGGUAACCACUUAACAUCAGGUGGGUCUUUAGUUUGUUUGCCAUUCUAAGUUACAUAAAAACAAACCUUAUUAAGCGACUUUAAAAAAAAGGGAGGAUAAGACGAAAUUAUCUAUUUCUAUGAAACAUCUUGUCGUUUAUCAAUGUGUUGUGCAUUUUCAUAAUUAAAAAUGUUAUUAUUAUUGAGCAAUAUCUACUUGUUGACAGAGUAUUUUAGGUAUUGUCAAACAGCAAAUUCAUGAAAGUAAUUCAUCAAUAUUAGUGUAUUAGUUAUUACUCCAGUCGUGCUCGAGGUAUUUUUUAAUUUAGUAUCCAAAUUCUUUGUAAACCAUUGGUGGAUUUGCUUAGCUUAAUUUUUAUGUUCUUGAUGUGAAGUAUUAACCAAGUAUUAAAAAAAAAAAAAAAACUUGCCAUCUCCCAAUAAUAUAUCAUGCAAUCAGUAUAGUUAGUACAUAUCAUCGUGCGAGUAACGCCCUCAAGUUUUAGCGUACAUUUCAGACAAAUUGUCUGAAGCCCAUAACAAGUAAUAAUUAUUUUCAAUAAAUUUUCAAAAUUCUGUCGUUUGCAAUUCUCAAAAGAAUCCAUUUUUGUAAAGUAACAUCUGUUUUAAAAUUUGACACUGGCUUACACUGUAUCUUCUGUUUGUAUUUGAUCGAUGGGGUGGUUAUACUAACUACUGAAUUUGCCAUAAUACACCAGGGUGGAAAAAAGGCUGGAUAGUUAUAAAAGAUUAUUUGUCUUUUUUUCCACCCUGUACACAUACCUAAGGAUUAAAUAAUUUUUUUCUUAGUUUUACACGGAUUUACAUAUGGCUCUUGUUCAGUAUUCAUUCAUAUCAUUCAUACUGACUCAUUCACGCACUCUUUUUGCCUGCGUACAUGUGACUAGAAACAUCACAGUUUCUUCAUAAUGUUUUUAAAAAUAUCAAAUAGUGAUCAAAACCAGUGCCGUUUUACUAAAACAGUUCACCCAAACCUGCAAGUCUUAGAAACUAGAAAAUAUCAAAUAUGUUGCUAGUUCUUAUAACUUGUAGGAUUGGAUGAACUGUUUUAAUGAUAUAAGUACUAGAUUUAAUCACUAUUUGUUCUUAAUAUUUUAGUUUAUUUCUUAUUGUCAUUUUCCCAUAAAGUUUUGCAUAAUAAUAUAAACAAUAUGGAAUUAAAUUAUAAAAGUAUAAAAUUUUAAUCUUUUUUUUGAUAAUAUGCAAUAAAUAUAAUCAUAUAUAACAACGUCAUCACAAUAAUUUAAAUUUGUAUAUUUAUCUUUACUUAAAUAUAUCACUAUUUAAUAUGUUUAAAGAAAUUACAAAGGUACUGUGAUGUUUCUAGUCACACGUACGCAAGCAGAGAGACGGCGUGAAUGUUAUGAAUGAUUACUGAACAGCUCUCAUAAAAACAAAAUAUAAAAUUACAAAUUCAUUUAAUGUAUAUUAUAAUAAUAAUAUCUAUUUAAAUUGUUAUAAAUGUGUUUGAUAGGUGCUGAAUGGUAAUUUUCCAGAAUUACUACUAAUAAGAAUAGUUUGUCUAGAUAAGUUGAUCACAUUGAAUUUCAUUCAACCGAACAUUCUAUAUAAGAAUGAAUGUACUUUAAAAAAAAAAAAAAACGUUCUGAUAUUUUAUUGCUUUUAAAAACAUAAUUAUAACACGUAUUUUUUACUAGUAGAAGAAUAAUUUCUAAUAUAUUUCUCUAUCGAGACAAUCUGUCUUUUAUCUAUGCAUGUUACUAUAUCUACAGUAUUUUUAUUAGUAGUAAUGUAAAUAAAAUUUUUGGAAAAUGUCUUGUUGAACAAAUGGUAAGGUGCGAGUAAUGAAUAGUCGUUUGCGUUCGAAUUCUGGGACGUGCAAUCGUUCAUUUGUUGAGUUUACUUUGAUUAUAUAUUGUACAUGUAGUGCACGUACCGGAAUUCAGGUAAUUAAGAGGGCGUAUGGUGUAAGACUGUCACCAUUUUACCUGUCAAAUUUCAAAGAAAAUUACAAAUUACAUAUUUCUAAAUGAAUUUAAUUGUAGUUUAAAAGUAAUGCAUGUUUUUAUUAUUGAUCGUAAAACUACUAAAAACUGCGCCACUAAUAGUAUUAUAUAUUAAUUUUGUUGAGUUUAUUUCAAUUAUGUUUUGUAUAUGUAGCGCACUUACCAGAAUUAAGGGCGCAUAGUGUAAGAUUGUCAUUAUUUAAUUUGUCAACUUUCAAAGAAAAUUACAAAUAUUUCUGAUUGAAUUUAAUAAAUGAAAUUUAAAAGUA